AUGAUAAGGUUAAGUACUUGCUUGUAUAGUUUUCCUUCUUUCUUUUUUUUUUUUUCUUUUGUUGACAUUUAUUUCUCCUUCAUUUUUUCAAUUUGUUUUUCUCUAUUGUUCUCCCCCCCCCGCCGUUUGGUGAUUGCUUCUAUCCUUUCCUUCCUCUCCUUCCUCCCCUUUUCUUUCCUUCCUCUCCUUUUCUUUCCUUCCUCUCCUUCCUCCCCUUUUCUUUCCUUCCUCCCCUUUUCUUUCCUUCCUCUCCUUUUCUUUCCUUCCUCUCCUUCCUCCCCUUUUCUUUCCUUCCUCCCCUUUUCUUUCCUUCAUCUCCUUUUCUUUCCUUCCUCUCCUUCCUCCCUUUUCUUUCCUUCCUCCCCCUUUUCUUUCCUUCCUCUCCUUCCUCUCCUUUUCUUUCCUUCCUCCCUUUUCUUUCCUUCCUCUCCUUUUCUUUCCUUCCUCUCCUUUUCUUUCCUUCCUUCCUUCCUCCUUUUCUUUCCCCCUUCCUCCCCUUUUCUUUCCUUCCUCUUCUUUUCUUUCCUUCCUCUCCCUUCCUCCUCCUUUUCUUUCCUUCCUCUCCUUCCUCCCUUUUCUUUCCUUCCUCUCCUUUUCUUUCCUUCCUCUCCUUCCUCCCCUUUUUUUUCCUUCCUCUGCUUUUCUUUCCUUCCUCUCUUUCCUUCCUCUCCUUCCUCCCCUUUUCUUUCCUUCCUCUCCUUUUCUUUCCUUCCUCUCCUUCCUCCCCUUUUCUUUCCUUCCUCUCCUUUUCUUUCCUUCCUCUCCUUCUUUCCUUCCUCUCCUUUCUUUCUUUCCUCUCCUUCCUCCCCUUUUCUUUCCUUCCUCUCCUUCCUCCCUCUCCUUUCCUUUCAUCACAUCGUUUCUAUUUUGGUGGUCAUGACUCUUCUUCAUAUUUUUUUUUUCUUGGGUGGUGUUUUUUUGUUUUUUUUUUUUUUUAUUAUUAUAUCUCUCCUUUAUUGUUCUCCUUCGUUUACAUUUUUGUUUCCUUUACUGAUUGCAUAUCUCUUUCAUUUUGUUUCUUUUGAUGUUUUUUUUUUUAGUUGCAUCCCUCAUUUGUUUCCAUUUUUCAUUUUGUCAUAUUUCAUUUUUUUUAUUCAUUUUGUUUCUUUUUCAUUUUCUUUCUCUGACUGUCUUAUUCUUUAUUCUUCUUUCUCUGAUCUUUCCCUCCUCUCUUUCUUCUUUGUCUCCAUUCCUCACAUUUUCCUUAAUCUGUUCUUUGUCAUCAUCUCAAGCCCCAUGCAGCCAUUUCAAAUUGUCCAGAUAUUCCUGAAUACAAGGUCUCUCCACUUUUGCUGCUGA